GCCAGAAAAGAUUGUCAGUUGCAUAAGUAAGCAUUCAGGCAUAAGAUCAGUACGGCUUCAAGCUUCAUUCUUUCACGCAAACAAAUCUCAAAUCCCCGCAGUAAUCCCAAACUCCGUGGUGAUCAUUGAGGUGUACCCCAUCUUUCCGUAACAAUGCGAUUAAUACAUAUAGCAAAUACAAUCAGAUCUUGGCAAACAGUCAUACAUGCUAUCCCCUCCUUUUUUCCACCAUCACAAUCAUGAGAUAUACAAUUUUCUUAGUAGUUAUAAGUUUUGCUUGCUUAUUGCAAACUUACGCAAUAUCAACUUCUCGUAGUGAAAAUGCAAAUAAUGAUGAAUGUCAUAUUGAAGGUGCAGCAAAGUAUGUUCGAGCGGUAAUAACACAUCGUAAAGCCGAUGCAGAAGCAAUUCCUACAACCCAAAACGUUCAUCGAAUUGAAGGACCACCGGGAUUUUUGAUCACGACUGCAUUUGAUCGUAAUUCACUGUUACUUUCUUCGGUUGCAGGACCGCAAGCGAUUUUAGGAGGUCCAUUAUAUGAGAAUAAACAACCGAUUUAUACAGUAAUCAAUUCAACAACCGUUCAAGCCAAUUAUACAAUCACUGCAGGUUUACUCAACGGGACACUUCCCCUUACAACGGCUAAAAUAGAAGAAUAUUUCACUUUCCCUUCCUCUCAAUCUUGUUUAAUCGAUUUUAUUGAAGCGAUCUUUUAUAUCGGCCAAAAGUGAAAAUGUUCGAUCAA